AUGACCUUGAAGCAGUCUUUCGGUGCCGUGGCCGCACUGGUCGCGACUGUCCUCGCCGCUGCAAGAACCAGCCCUCCAAGUGGCAGUAUCACAGUGUGCUCAUCCGGCUGCAACUACAACACCAUACAAAAAGCAGUCAGCUCCAUCUCCACGUCUUCCAAAGACGAGCACAGCAUUUUCAUCUACUCCGGGACCUACACCGAGCAAGUCACCAUCCCAGUGCUGAGUGGGAAGCUCAACAUCUACGGAUAUACCAAGGACACUACCGACUACUCAGGCAAUGUGGUCAACCUCCAAUGGAAGUCGGCCCUGGCCACUGGGGCAGCCGACGACGAGCACACCGCGGCGCUGAUUAACACCUCGCCGAACGUGGCCGUGUACAACAUCAACAUCAAGAACACCUACGGCAAGCCUUCCGGCAGCAAUGGGCAGGCAAUAGCUCUCUCCGCCUAUAACACUAAGCAGGGAUACUACGGUGUCGGCCUAUACGGGUACCAGGACACGCUCCUCGCCGAGACCGGCAACCAGAUCUACGCCAACAGCUACAUCGAGGGCGCCGUGGACUUCAUCUUCGGGCAGCAUGCCCGGACCUGGAUCACCAACUCCAAGAUCGUCUCCGUCGGCGCCGGCGCCAUCACCGCCAGCGGCCGGGCGUCCUCCUCCGACACGUCCUACUACGUCAUCACGGACAGCACGAUCGAGGCGGGCUCCAUCUCGGGCUCGUCGGCGCCCGCCGCGGGCACCGUCUACCUCGGCCGGCCGUGGGGCCAGUACGCCAGGGUGGCGUUCCAGCGGUGUGAUCUGAGCAAUAUCAUCAACUCUGCCGGGUGGGAGGUCUGGAGCGCCAGCGACACCAGGACGCAGCAUGUCUCCCUGGCGGAGUAUGGCAACACCGGUGCCGGGGCCAAGGGCACGCGGGCGAGCUUUUCUUCCAAGUUGAGCAGUGCCCUUAGCAUUUCUACGGUCUUGGGCAGUGAUUAUGCUGCGUGGGUUGACUCUGCUUACCUGUGA